AUUUAAAAAUGUCGGACCCAAGAGAUUUGAUGUCUGAAUUUCAAAAACUACGCGUUGAAACUUCCAAAAUACAAAAUGAAUUCAAAGAGAAACCAGGCUACGUGGAAGAUAAACUGCACAAGAACACUCAGGAAAUUUGCCAACAGAUUUUAAAGAAACAAGGCAAAUCUCAAAAAUCCCAGGAAAAUCAAAACGCGUUUAUCGAAAAUUUGAUGUCGGAAUUGAAGACUGCCAAAUCAAAGCUAAAUGAGACCGAAAAUCAAAUAAGUGACCUGCAUGAAGCAACGAAGCAACAGGAGUCUCAGGCAAAUUUGUGGAAUGAUCUUGUUGCCAAGAUUUCGGAUAAAAAUCUGGAAAUGAUGCUGAAAAUUCAAAAAAGUCAGGAUCUGAUGAUUAUGAAGAUGCAGGAAGGAUCAGCUGUGCAAGACGUCCCAAUUGAAACUGAAAAAUCGGCAAAGAAUGGCCCAUUUUUUGAGAUUUUGGUCAUCUGGACCGACUCGCGUGGCCCAGUAGUUCCUGGGAACCAUGGGAAGCUUCGGGUGUGCGGAUCGGAUACAAUUCGACAGAUAAAACCGCGCAUCAAUUCACUUGCAGGAAUAGAUACCAUCUCGUUCAGAACGUUCUGUGAUGAUAAAUUUCUCGAAGACGACCACACUCUCGCCCACUACAACAUUCGAGAAGGCUCAACAAUUUGCGUAUUCUUUCAUUAAAUCAUAAUGUUUUAUCGACUUUUGUUCAAGAUGUUGUCUAAAGUUCCCCAUUUCUUAAAAUAAAUACGAACAAC